AUGUCAGUUCAUCCAGUCGACGGAUCUAUUACUGAUCUUAGGGCCGAAGAAUUCGAAAAUUGCCCAAAUGAAGAGACUUUCCUAGACAAAUUAGAGAAAAGAAAGCCAUCAAGAAAAUUUAGUUUGAAAUCUCCGGAUGUUGAUAAUGCAAGAAAAAUCAGAGUUAAUUCAAUUGAACAAAAUGAAGCUUUCCCCUCAAAUAAAGUACGAACUUCAAAAUACUCAAUCAUUACGUGAGCACCUAAAAGCCUACUCUGACAAUUCAGGAGGGUAGCAAAUAUUUAUUUCUUAAUUAUUUCUAUCUUAUCGGCAAUGCCGUUCUCUCCGAAAAAUGCUUUUUCAACUGGUGCCACUUUUGCAGCAGUUCUUGUAUUUACUAUGAUAAAAGAAGCUUAUGAAGAUUAUUUUAGGCAUAAGCAAGACAAUGCAGUAAAUAAUAUGGAGACUCACAUUUUAAACAGAAAAUAUAAUAAAUUUGAAAAUGCCCAUUGCAAAGAUGUAAAGGUCGGUGAUAUUUUACAAAUUAAGGAUGGGGAAACUUUCCCAGCGGAUUUAGUAUUCAUUUCUUCCAGUGAUCCAAAUGGGCUAGCUUUUGUAAACACAAUGAAUCUAGACGGAGAAACAAAUCUAAAAGAAAGAAUUGCAUUAGAAAGCACUAAAAUCUGCCAAUCCCAAUCAGACAUUUCCUCUCUUUCCUGCGAAAUCUGGUGCGAUCAGCCCAAUAUUUCAAUGGUGAAAUGAAAUUGCAAUAUAAAAUUAACUGAGCAAGAUUGAGAACCAAUGAGUAUGAAGCAACUGCUAAUGAGAGGAUGCGUAUUAAAAAACGUUGAGUAUAUAUAUGGAAUUGCUGUUUACACAGGCCAUGACACAAAAAUUAUGCUUAACAGCAAAAAAGCUCCAAGCAAAGUUAGCAAUGUUUUGAGGAAAAUGAACAGGAUUUUGUAUACAGUUUUUGCAUUCCAAAUCGGAAUUUGUGUUUUAUUUGCUGGGCUAAGCAUGACUUGGAACAAAGAAAAUCUUGAAAAGCACGAAUAUCUGCAUCAAAGUAGUUCAUCUAGUGGAUCAGCAUUUUUUAUUCAAAUUCUGACGUAUUGGGUAGCUUACUCACACUUGAUUCCUAUUUCUUUAUAUGUUGCGCUUGAAGUGAUAAAGUUACUUCUUGCUUACUUGAUUAAUCAGGACCUUGAAAUGUAUUACGAAACUAACGACAAACCUGCGAAUUGUCGAUCGUCAGAUUUAGUAGAAGAAUUAGGACAGGUCGAAUUCGUGUUUAGUGACAAAACAGGGACACUUACCUGCAACAUCAUGGAAUUUAGAAAAUGCUCUAUCAAUGGUGUAGUCUAUGGAAAUACAGGAAGCAAGUUUGGACAACUUGAUUCUCGUCCAACCUUAAUUUUAGCAGACAAAGAUCACAAAGAGCAUAAAGCUGUCAGCGAUUUCUUUAAACUCCUUGCAGUCUGCCACUCUGUAUUCCCAGCAAAAGAUAAACAAAACGGCGAAAUUCAUUAUCAAGCCGCCUCACCGGAUGAGCUCGCCCUUGUAGAAUGCUCUUCAUUUAUAGGAAUAAAGUUUUAUGACAGAAAUGAUGGAAAAGUCUAUCUGGCUUACGAGAAUGGGACAACUGAAAUAUGGGAUAUUUUGGUGGAAGUGCCAUUUAGCAGCGAAAGGAAAAGAAUGUCAGUGAUUACGAGGCAUCCUCAAACCAAAAAACUUUUACUUAUGGUGAAAGGAGCUGAUUCUAUUAUGCUAGGGCUACUGAAAGAGACAUAUUUAAGAGAAACUUAUGAAAAGCAUUUAUAUGAUUUUGCGGUUGAAGGGUUGAGGACUUUGGUGAUGGCCCAACGAGAGAUUACAGAGCAAGAAUUUGAACCUUGGUUUUAUGACUGGCAAGAUAUACAGUUGAGCAAUUCAAAAGAUAAAGAAGAAAGACUAGACCGCCACGCUGCCCAGCUUGAAAAAAAUCUUGAAAUUGUUGGAUGCUCUGCAAUUGAAGAUAGGCUUCAAGAUGGGGUUCCCUCUACUAUAGAAUUAUUAAUGCGAGCUGAUAUCAGAGUAUGGAUCCUGACAGGUGAUAAAGAAGAAACUGCUGUUGAAAUUGGUAAAUCCUGUAACUUAAUACAACAAGACAUGGAACUAAUUGAGCUCUCAUCAAACUCUUUUGAAGAAAUCUCCAAUAAACUUAAGGAAAAGAACCAAAUUUUUGGAAUCGAGCAUCUUACUUUUACUGAACUUGAUGAAAUUAAGAAAAAUGUUAAAAAGAAGAUAGCACUAGUUAUAAAUGGAAGCACAUUGGCGUAUGUUUUUGGUGAUAAGUCUGGCAAAUUGCAGCUUUUAUUUUUUAAAAUGGGCUAUAUUUCAGCUUCUUGCAUUUGCUGCAGGGUAUCCCCUGGACAAAAAAUGCAGGUCGUGCAGCUUGCAAAAAGAAAUGGCUCUUGAAUUACUCUUUCAAUUGGAGAUGGAGCUAAUGAUGUAAGUAUGAUCCAAGAAGCUCAUAUAGGAGUUGGCAUUGCAGGGCUUGAAGGCACACAAGCUGUACAAGCAGCUGAUUUUUCGUUUUCACAGUUUAGAUAUUUAGGAAGGCUUUUGCUAGUUCACGGAAGGCUAGCCUAUAGAAGAAUAUCUUGAUUUAUUUGUUAUUAUUUUUAUAAAAACAUUGUAGUUGUGUUUACUGAGAUAUGAUUUGCGUUUUUCAACGGAUUUAGUGGACAAAUUUAUUGGCUGGAUUGGCUUCCUAUGCUUUACAAUGCAUUGUGGACCAGCUGGCCUUGUAUGGUCACUUAUGUUUUCGAGCAAGACAUUGAUGCGAAAAACUCAAUUAAGUAUCCUUUAAUCUACGCUGCAGGACAAAGAGGUGUAUACUUUACCUUUAAAAGGUUCUGGAUUUGGGUGAUCCUUGCUAUUUGGCAUGGAGCAUUCUGCUAUUGGGUGCCUAUUUAUGGACUUGCUGGAGCCACCGAUGAUAAAGGCCAUAUCGGGGGCUUUAGCUGAACAUCGACACUAUCAUUUACUCUUGUAAUCCACCUGAUUACCUUAAAGCUUUUUUUAGAAAGCUUUUUCUGGACCAAAAUUAGCAUGUAAGAUAUAUAUAGAAUCGUUGGAUUUGGAAGUAUAGCUUUCUAUUAUCUUUGUGUAAUAGUCUUAAACUCUCCUGCUGUAGGCAGCAUUUUUCAGCCAGAAGCUCCAUACAUAUUUUUCAAUUUAUUAUCAAAUGAAAAGGUAUGGAUUACUAUUUUAAUAGGACCGUUUAUUGCUCUUACUCCAGAUUUCAUAAUCAUUGCGUAUAGGAUGAUUUUUACACCUAACCCUGUAGAGGAGCUGUUAAAAUAUUUAAGGACUUAUUAUUAG